ACUUAAUAGACUGAUUCAUAAGCUGCAAAGAACAAAGAUACUCAUACAGAUACAGGAUUAAAUAGGAUGGUUAAAGAAGUAUCUGUAGUUUGUUAAACAUUGGAAGCUAGCUGAGAGAUUUGAUCUUAGAAUUAUUUAUUUAUAUAUUAGAACUGGAUGUACCGAAUUCUCCCAAUUUUGCAAUUACUAUUUUGGAGAUCGUGAUACGUUAAAAUAUAGAAUAAUGGGCAAAGACGUUUUAAUCAAACCUAGCUUAACGCAUAUAACAGUGUAAUUUGCUGCUCAUAUGAAUGCAAAUAACGAAGCCUGGAUUACGCCACAAUACUAUGAAUGAGUCUCCUGGCAGCAUUGUAUUUCUGCUGUAAAUUGUUAGUUCUUGAUAUCUUGUCAUUAUAAUAUGGAAAUGUGAUCAUGUAGAAAUUGGAGAAUACCAUAUUGGAUAUGACAUGACUGAUAGUCAUCUGCCAUCAGCAGAAACCAGGGGCCAUCAACUACCAGAAAAACAGCAUCAGAAGCCCCGGACAGACGUGAUCAGACGACGUGCAAUGCAGGCAGCAGAGUAUUACCAUAAUCAGAUCGUGAGUGCUUCGCACGGCUCUCGGUCCAACACUGGAGAGAAACAUAGACAACCUUCAUCACAAUCCCAGUCGCAACAUAAUAAUAAACCAGACACAUAUACCUCACACGCAACAUACUCACCUGCAGAUGUACAUAAUGGGGAUGAUGAGUUAGGACAUGAUGUGAAGAGAACCCCAGAAGCUCUCAGAGUUGGAGUAACUGCUGCAUCAUCUGAUUCAUUCUACAGGGCUAAACUUAAGCAAGGCUUCUUUGAUCUUAGGAACUCAUAUAAUGAGAAAAUAGCGAGACAGCGGAAGGAGAAGGCCAGCAAGGAAGGUCUGCCUAGUUAUGACAGAGGCAAGGAGAAAACCUCUAGGGAAGUACGCCCACAUAAUUAUGAACAAAGCAAGGAUAAAACAUCCAGGGAAAUUGGGCCACCCAGUUAUGAGCAAGCUGCAGCAAGAAUGGCUCUGAGACAGGAUAUGUCAGGAACUGAUACCUCCAGUAGUGGGGUAAGCAGUCGAGGAAGUGGAAUACACGCCAUCUCUACACUUGAUAGGAAUGAGGUCUCUAGGAGUAAUAAUAGUCUAAAUCUGGAUUAUAUAGAUACAGAUGUUGGUGAUGGAGGUAUUACCCAUGAUGCCCCAGUCAUCCAGCCACAAACUACUAGUCCUUUACAUAGAAAGUAUGGAAGUGCAAAUUCUCUGGAUCAGCUAGGACCUCCUCCUCAGGCGGAAAGUUUCUUUGCUAUGCUGCAGAAUUAUAAAAAUCAAACUGAAUCUAUCGAUCAAAGGAGUCAUGCUCCGCCCCAAAUGCGAGACAUUUUUCGCGGGAAUAUAGAAACUGCUAAAGCCACACCUCCUUCCUCUAAUGUUGCCAAUGGUAGUGCCACAAAUGAUCAAGCAAUUCCUAAUUUAACAGAUCACACUGAUGCCUCAUCUAGUCCCAAACUAAAAAAUAAAUCAAUGAAACAUAAAGAUCGCAAAACUAGAGCCAAAUCCAUGAAUGAUGGUGCGGGGCUUUUCAAAAAGCUACGUGGUGGUAAAAGUGAAGAUGCAAACAAAAUGGACAGUAUUAUAAACACAGACUUACAUGGUAAAUCUGAGGAGGACAUUAUUAAGCGAAAAGCAUUCACUCAUUUCGAUUGCCAAAGUGUAGGUGUUAGCCUCAAUGAGGUGAUCAAAUCAAGGAACUACUUAGCAAAGCGGCGGAAUACUAAAACUGGUGCUUCGGCUGCAUCAAGACUCAAUAGCUCUGACAGAGUGGAGGAAUCUGGUGAUGAUGACUCAAACGAUGAAGGGGAUGGCAAAAAUAAUAAUUUAUUACAAAGUUGCUCAUAUUUUAGAAAUGAACUCGGUGGUGAGGAAGCAAGAGUUGUAUCCCUAAAUCGACUAACAGCCACCCGACGAGUCCAACAACUCUUGGGUAGUAAACAUUUAGAGUUAAGUAGCCUCAUUAGAAAGCCUUAUUGUAAUGGAGUCGCUAUAUUAGACUCAUCAUUUAGUCCAACUGGGAGCCAGGAAUCUACCAUAGUGACUUACAGGGGACAUGUUGUUGAACACGUGGACCAUGGUGCCUUCUACUACAGACAUUUCUUCUUUGGCCAAGAUCAUCAGAAUUACUUUGGAAUAGAUGACAAUUUAGGUCCCAUUGCUGUCAGCAUACGACGAGAACGUAAAGAUGAUAUAGAGGGCACUACAAAGGAAUCAUCCAAUCAGCCACAAUACCAUUACAGAAUUAUAGUACGCACAAGUGAGUUGACCACAAUCCGAGGCAGUAUUACAGAAGAUGCCCUCCCCACGUCCAGCAAGUUGAGUAACAGUAAGGGGAUCCCACAUAAAGAGAUCCUGGAAUAUGCCGUCCCAGAAGUAAUGACUAGCUGCCUCAAGGUUGCCACACAGGGUGUGAAGACUCAAGAGCAGUUGACAAAACUGGAUGAACAGGGGAUUACUAAGACAUAUAAGAUUGGCAUAAUGUAUUGUAAGGCUGGACAAUCAACUGAAGAGGAAAUGUAUAAUAAUGAAGUAACAGGUCCAGCAUUUGAAGAAUUCCUCAGCCUAAUGGGGGAUAAGGUCAAGCUCUCUGGAUUCCAGAAAUAUAGAGGUGGUCUUGAUAACAAAACUGACUCCACUGGGACCCACUCCCUAUAUAAAUCCAUGAAUGAUUAUGAGAUUAUGUACCAUGUCUCCACUAUGCUACCUCUAACACCCAAUAACAGACAACAGCUUCUACGUAAACGACACAUUGGGAAUGAUAUUGUGACAAUCGUCUUUCAAGAGCCAGGAGCAUUGCCAUUUACUGCCAAAUCUGUAAGAUCUCAUUUCCAACAUGUCUUCAUCAUUGUACAAGUGCACAAUCCAUGCUCCCCCAACGUACAGUACAGUGUUGCUGUAACCAGAUCCAAAGAUGUCCCUCCAUUUGGCCCUCCUAUACCUGAAGGUGCAAUGUUCUCUAAGUCACAGCAGUUUGCAGAUUUUCUACUUGUCAAAGCCAUUAAUGCAGAGAAUGCAGCCCAUAAAUCUGAAAAAUUCACUACGAUGGCCAUUCGCACAAAGCAGGAAUAUUUGAAAGAUCUUGCCAACAACUUUGUAACCUCAACUCUCUUAGAAAAUUCAUCAAAACUAGGUAAAUUCUCACUUGGAAGUGUUCGUAAAAAGGACAAAGUGAAAGGAAAGGUUCCCGACAUAUCUUCAAAAUCUGGUGUUACCUGGGCAGUCUCCAUUGAGGAUUUUGGUUCAUCGCAAGAGGUCGAAGGUUAUUUGUCAAUUGGGGGUGAACAACUGGUAUUAAUUGAGGAGCCUAAUAAAGAAGUGAUUUUUACAACCUCUUGUAAGUCCAUCAUUGGCUGGACACAAUAUGAGAGCAGUAUUCGCGUGUACUAUAACCAAGGGGAGUGUAUGUUGCUGCGUACGCUGUAUUCAGAUGUAGAUGAGGUCCCAGAGAUCAUUGCGAGACUAGAGCGAGUAUCUCAGGGAUACAAGACAACUGAGAUGGUACUUCGACGCAAUGGUAUGGGACAACUGGGCUUCCAUGUUCAUUAUGAGGGAAUCGUCUCAGAUGUGGAACCAUAUAGUUUUGCCUGGAAAGCGGGUUUAAGACCAGGCAGCCGAUUGGUCGAAAUUUGUAAGGUUGCUACAGCAACCUUGAAGCAUGAUCAAAUGGUGGAUUUAUUGCGAACAUCUGUGACAGUUACUGUGGUUGUAAUACCUCCACUUGAGGAUGGAACACCUAGAAAGGGUUGCGAUGACUUUCACUCCAGUUACUCAUCAUUAAAUUCCCAUAAUACAUCAUCAUCAUCUGCAGACUUACACAAUUUGGUAGAAGAGGAUAUCAUGACAUCAUCCACUCAGAGCAGUACAGUUCGGACUCAUCCUCCAAGAAGCGCAACAGAUCCCAGGUUAGACAUGAAGGGAUCUCCUGCUAAAAGCUCGGACAGUUCUAAGGAUACGCCCAAAUAUGGUGACCUCCGUUCAGUCAGUAUGAAUCUCUUUGGACAUGAUGCUGAAGCUCAUAGCACUCUGAGGCGUGAUAAACCAACACCAGGAACGAAUUACUCAGAACGACCUCAGUAUUCUUCCCAGAAUUCAUGGGAGGGGUCACUAGACAGCAGAUCAUCUGGUGCAAGGUCAAGGUCAGGUCAGAUUGAGCAGACGGCUUUUGGGGAAUCUCAUCAAAGACAGGGUUCUAGAGAUAGUAUGGACAGUGGACAUGGCUGGAGGGGGAGUCACAGUGGAUAUACAGGCUCACAGCAAAGAAUAGGUGGCGCUGCUGCCCAUACAUCACACAGUUCGUCAAACUUAAGCGAUCUCUCAACACAUUCAGCAGAGGGAGCCAGUAGCAGACAUCGUGACAUGAGGCCAGAUGAUCCUCAUUUAGGGAGGAGAACCACCCCCUCCCCCGGUGCUAGACGCAAAGGAGGAAGCUACCAUACAGGACAGAAAAACUACCUAGAUGUCACACAAUCUCCUCUAAGUAGCAGAAGUAGCAGCCCACGGACAAAACAACAUUCAUCUCAGGAGUCAUUAACAAGGUCAAGGGGUCAAGGUCAUAUGACAGGAAGUAAUUUGGCGCCAUCUGGCACAUUCCAAGAGGAUCUUAUGAGAUUAAUCAACCCUGAUGUACCAGAUACAGAACUUCAACAGACAAAUCCAGGUGGGCCAUACAGGUUGAGUCGGACCCACUCAGAUGAGAGCAUAGUUGGAGGGGGCCCCACCAGGGGGACACCGCUGUCUUAUGAUGCAGACCUUAGUCGAGAUGUCUUAUUUUCCAGCACACAUACCCCUGACUCCUCACCAUCCAAGAGGGAUAUACAAAAAUCACCUAACAGAUUAAAAACUCCAAAUAGAGGCCGUCACCAGCAGGGGAAAUUACACAAUCGCACAAAAAGUAGUCCCCAGCUUCCACUCCCUGACACUGCUUCUGAUCUUGAUUGGUCAAACCUCGUGGAUGCAGCAACAAAGGCAAUAGAGGGAGUAGAAACAAGUGCCAAACCAAGAACUUCCAAUGUGACCUCUGAACCUCACAGCACACCAACAAAACAUAAAGGUCGCACUGACCAUACUAGCCAUGGUGACAAAAAUACUCGCAACUUAACAGCUCAAGAACGUCUUGGAGUUCGUGUGUCUGGUUCCGCAACAGGAACUAGCAAACCAGUGCUGCCCUCUCCCAGUAGCACAAGUUCGUCAGUGUGGAGGACAGUCGGCCAUGUAUCAGGCCAGCCCAGCACACAGAGGGAGCGUGAACUGGAGACACAUGUUGUCCAACUUACUCAACAAUUAGAAAAGGAAUCACAAGAACGAGAGUCAGCAGAAAAAGAACUAGAACAUUUAAGACAGGAAAAUAAACGGCUACAACAAGAAUCCCAGACUGCUGCCAAUCAGCUUAGAAAGUUUACUGAAUGGUUCUUCCAGAAUAUAGACAAAACCUAGCUUCAUGUUUAUGUACAGGGGAAAUAUAAAGGAUCCAUAUUUUGACGUGUUUUUCAGGAAAAAAUGGAGAAUGAAUCUCUCAAACAGGAAGUAGGAGAUUUAAGGCGGGAAAACAGCACACUUCAAGAGGAACUCCAAACUGCGGCUCAACAGCUGAGACGGGUCACUGAGUGGUUCUUUCAAAACAUAGAAAAAACCUAAGAUGUGCCGCUUAAGUCUAGACUAUUUCACUGGAUUAGCACUAAAGGCACCAUAGUCUGCCAUUGUUCAAGAAUAUGUAGGCUUUACACAUGUCCAUAUUUGGAUGAGCUAUCUCAGAGACUGAUCAAAGGGAAAGUAUGAAUUCUCAUACCCAAGAUUGCGAAAGAUGUCAUACCAGGACAUACAUUGUACUUGUAUAAAUACCAUGAGCAUAGUGUGAUUAAGAGGCUUGAUUGAAAAUCCAAAAUAUGUCAAUCAAAGUCCGGUAUUGUAUUGUUCCCAACCUUCAUAUAUCGGAGAUCUCCCUAGCAUUAUAAACCAGGCACUGCACCCAGUUGAACAUUUUGCAUCCAAUUUAAACAUUUGCACCCAAUUGAGAAUCUGGGAAAUGGUAAAAAUUUAGAUAUUUCAAUACACUUUAAGUCAGAUAUGAUGAAAUGGGAGCAAAAUUUUUGGGCAACCCUAGUAUAGGAAUUUUCACAAAUACUGGUAUUGUGUUACAAAAAAUUCAGAUUUACAAUAAUACGGGAACAAUGCCAUCUAUCUAUAUAUAUAAUAACUAUGCAUUACACUUGUGGAUACUCCAGUAUUGAAUUGUUGAAUCUAAUGCAAAAUGAUGAUAUGACCGGGGAUAUGACUCCAGUUUGAAUCAGUUUUACAGUCACAAACCAGUGAUCCAGUCAGUCUGAUUCCAAUCACUAUGAUCAUUGAACAUCUCCUUUUGCAUCUUCAUUAAAUCGACUGUGUUUGUGUUAAUGGUUGCUGUUCAUUAAAAUAAGUUUGAGAUCACAAUGAACAUAAUGACAAGAAGUGUGUAUAAUAAUAGCCAAAAUCACAUAUUAAUAGUUAGUAUGUAUUACAUUGCCAUUUAAACAUGGCAAGUUAAGUAUACCAAUGUUUAUACUGUAGUUAUUAUUUAAAAAGUGAAAGGACUUGUUAAAGUUGUGUGCCUUUCAUGGUCCAAUAAUGACCAUCUUGAUGAUAUCACCGCAUUCUGUUUCGCAGCACCAUCUUUUAAUGAAUCACCAAGUUAUAAAACAUAAUUGCUUGUAAAUUAUUUGCCAAUGCAAUUUUCUGAUUUGUGUAGAACUUUGAGGUUUAGCAAGCCAUUUUAACAAGUGUACAGUAUUAUUUCUGAUUAUGGGAUAUGUUCAAUACAUCAGAGUAUGCCCCCAUAGGUAAAUAAUUGUUAAGUUUUGGGGAGGGUGCAAAUGUCGGUUUGUUAUAAAACAUUAAUAUUUAAAAGGAGGCGACUUUAGAUUUUAGAGAAUGUUCAUUUAAAAGGAGAGGUAGAGGGGUCAAUCUUAAAUGAAACAACAUGGAAUUAUUGACAUGAUCCCUUAUGAUAUUUUAUAGUUCUGGAAUGAUAUCAAGAGAUGAACACUUUAUGAAAACUGGGAGAUACAAUUUUUAAUCAAAUUUCAUUGUAAAUCAUUAGUUAAAUAUAUCAUUUUGUAAUUACAUUUACCCCAUAUAUGCCUUGACACCAGGAAAUAUUCAAUAAAUAAAUACAAUGGCAUAUUCUGGUAGAGAUGUGCUAAGACCAGCUAAAGGUGUUCACACAGAGGUGUUCAGUAUAAAAGUGAAUGGGAUAUAAAACUGAGACUUUCUCUUGAUGUGUUCACAUGGAGGUUUCACUCUGUAUUAAUACUAUGAUAAAAAUAAAGUACUCUGGACAGAUUUCUUCAAGGUCACUUUUCUGUUAAUAACUUUGAGUUAUCUUUUCACAUCCAGAAAUAUAUUAUUUGAUAAUCCUACAUAUAUGUAGUCUAAUUCGUAACCAUAUAGGAGGACAUGUUAUACAAGAUGUAAUAUUUAGCAUGUAUAUAUCUGUUAUUUAGAAAAUCUAAGAUCAGUAGAGUAUGGUACUUACUACUUAGUCAUGAUUAUUAUUAGUUUAUUUAUUUAUUAUUAUGUCACAUUAUAGAGCAUUUAAUCAAGUGAGGUGUAUUUGUUCUUUUGUUUCCAAACAUUAAUCUGUUAUUUAUAUGUCUGAUGUGAAUAGAAAAUAGUUGUACUGUACUAUAUUUGUAAAUCUUGUACAUUACAUGUAAAAAAAUAUUUCAUACAAUUUUUUUUAUUCAAAGGCACAUUAAAACUGUAAUUAUUUUAAUGUAUGUAACAACACAAACAUUACAAUAAAAUGUUUGAUAUAAUGAAA